AUGGGGGAAAACAGUCCAGAUGACAAUAUCAUUUGCUAUGAGGCAGAGGAAGAUGAGCUAUCACAUCAUGAUAAAAUGCUCAGGUUUGUGGAUAAGAACGGACUGGUGCCUUCUUCAUCUGGAACAGUUUAUGACAGGACAACUGUUCUCAUUGAGCAGGACCCUAGCACGUUAGAAGAUGAGGAUGAUGAAGGACAAUGUGGAGAACACCUGCCUUUUUUUGUGGGGGGUCCUGAUGAGGGAUAUCACUUAAUAGAUCAUGAAGGAAUGUCCCAGGGUUAUGUGCAACACAUCAUCUCUCCAGAUCAGAUUCAUUUAACAAUAAAUCCUGGUUCAACGCCUAUGCCAAGAAAUAUUGAAGGUGCAACUCUCACCCUCCAGUCUGAGUGCCCAGAAACUAAACGCAAAGAAGUGAAGCGGUACCAGUGCACCUUUGAAGGCUGCCCUCGAACCUACAGCACUGCAGGUAACCUGCGCACCCACCAGAAGACCCAUCGGGGCGAGUACACUUUUGUCUGCAACCAGGAAGGCUGUGGCAAAGCUUUCCUCACCUCAUACAGCCUCAAGAUCCAUGUUCGAGUACACACAAAGGAGAAGCCAUUUGAGUGUGAUGUGCAGGGCUGCGAGAAGGCAUUCAACACAUUGUACAGACUGAAAGCACACCAGCGGCUCCAUACAGGGAAAACCUUUAACUGUGAAUCAGAAGGCUGCAGUAAGUACUUCACCACGCUUAGUGAUCUGAGGAAGCACAUUCGAACCCACACAGGAGAAAAGCCAUUUCGGUGUGAUCAUGAUGGCUGUGGGAAGGCAUUUGCAGCAAGCCAUCACCUUAAAACACACGUCCGAACACACACUGGUGAAAGACCCUUCUUCUGCCCCAGUAACGGCUGUGAGAAGACAUUCAGCACUCAGUACAGUCUCAAAAGUCACAUGAAAGGUCACGAUAACAAAGGACACUCAUAUAAUGCAUUUCCAAAUAGCAUGUCUGAGGACACAAACCACUCACUUUGUCUGAGCGACUUGAGCCUGAAAUCCAAGGAUUCUGAGCUACGAGAAAAUUCCAAUACAACCCAUAGCCAAGACCUUAGCACAAUUUCACCAGCAAUCAUCUUUGAAUCAAUGUUCCAUAGCCCAGAAGAUACUACAAUCCAGGAAAACAAGCAGACAGCUGCCUUGAUUGAAAGUUUUAAUGGUGAUACAGAGUCAGUCACCGCUGUUCCACCCUCCCCGGGAGAUUCAGCAUCUUUAUCUCUUCCACUUGUACUGCAGCCUGGCAUCUCCGAGCCUUCCCAGUCUGCACUACCUGCCUCCGCACCGCCCGCUCCUCCUUCGACUGCUCCCUCCAUAGGAACUGGUUCCCAGCCAGCUGCAUUUGGGACCCCCUCUGCUAUCUUACAGCCUCCAGAAGGGCCAGUCGCCCACAGCACACAGUUUGCUGCUAAUCAUCAAGAGUUUCUUCCACACCCUCAGCCACCACAGCCCCUUGUGCCAGGACUUUCUGUUGUUGCUGGGGCUCCCCCAGUAACAGCGGCACCACCGACUACCACUGAGGCCAUGCCAGCUCUGGUUCAGACUCUGCCUCUGGGGGCCACUCCUGUUUUGACAAGCAAUCCCACCAUAACCAUCACCCCUACUCCUAGCACGGCUAUUCUGCAGUCCAGCAUAGUUAUGGGAGACCAGAAUUUACAAUGGAUACUCAAUGGUGCAACUGGCCCUCCCCAAAACCAAGAACAAAUUCAACAAGCUUCUAAGGUAGAGAAAGUGUUUUUUACCACUGCAGUACCUGUAACUGGCAGUGCAGGGAGCUCGGUGCAACAGAUUGGCCUCAGUGUUCCUGUGAUCAUCAUCAAGCAGGAGGAGGCCUGUCAGUGCCAGUGUGCAUGCCGGGACUCUGCCAAGGACCGCUCUGCUAGCAGCAGCAGCCGGAGGAAGGGCUGUGCCUCCCCACCUCCUCCAGAGCCCAGUCCUCGGGUCCCUGAUGGCCCCUCCCUCCAUCUACCCACUCAGACUUUUCCCUCCUCUUCCACACCAUUGCCAUCCUCCUCCUCCCCACCUUCUGACAACCGGAGCAGACAGGUAGAGAACCCUUCAGACUCCCAGACUGAGUCAUUAAGUGCCAUGGAUGUGUCAGAGUUCCUGUCCCUCCAGAGCCCAGACACCCCAUCCAACCUGAUUCCCAUUGAAGCACUACUGCAGGGGGAGGAGGAUAUUGGCUUAACCAGCAGCUUUGCUAAAUGAAGCGCCCUUGGCUCACUCCUGAGAAGAAGGGUGAGUGGGGCUACAAGAGUAGAUGGCCUCUGUCUGGGGGUCAGAAAUUUGAAGGAUGAAGAGGUUUGCUGUUGGGAAGUCAUACUUCUCAGACAUCAUUUCUUUAUUCCCAUCCCAGGAACGUCCAUUUUAAGGAACCGGUCUUUGGAAAAAAAAACAAAAAACAACAAAAAACAAAACAAAACAAAAAAAAACAAAAAAAAGCUAAGUUAUAAAUGAACUAUUUUGGCUGCACUGUAUGUCACUUUUGCUUAUUGUCAUGUGAACAUGGAAAUUAAGGUUACUCGUCUGCAUAAAAACUCUAAAUUGAAAGGGGUGUGGUUUCCAUCAAUCCUUGUGUAUUGAGGCAUUUGCAGUUUUGGCUGUGUUCCUCUCAUUUCAGCUCCUGGGGAUCUCUCUUCCCUGGAUAGAUUCUGGGCAGAUUUGAGACUAAGCCAUAAACUGAAGUGCAGGCCAGUGACCCCAAAGAAGGGAACAGUGGUAAUAGGAAGAAGCCGUGUGUGUUGGGCAGGACUCAAGUGUGGUUGCUCUAUGGUGAGGAGCUUCAGGGAAGGCUGAAGCCUCAUGUCUGGCAUGGGUUCCAGGCAGGGCACUGACUUGUGUUUGGUGGAAGGCCAGCACUAAGUUGUAGCACAUGCUCAGAGUGGACAUUGGCAAGGUGGUCGUGGCUUCUUGGUCUCCUUGGCUCUUCCAGGAUCUUUUGGAUAUUGGGAGCUGUAUGUUGUGAUGCCUUUCAGGGAGGGAAAGGGCCCUUGUGUGUACCUUGGAGCUGACUAGCGUGGUUGGUUGUAGAGUCUUUUUAUUGACCUCCACCCUCUCUUGGGCCAUUUGACCUUUGCAGAGCAAAGAGGGGCCGACUUAGAGGUGAGAACCAAAGGAGGUUUUCAAAUGGGAUGGAGUUGCCUGGGCAGGCUGCCCCAAUGGGGGGGCCUACUCCAGCAAAGCAACUGCUUCCUCUCUGAUUUUGCCCUUAUCCUUAUGAAUGCAAGCGAGUAUAAUUUCUCUGUUGACAUGUGCAACAUAGCUUAGUAAUUUGAUAUGAAAACUAUGAUCUUCUAACCUACUCAGGGUAAAGUAAAGCAAAACAAAAAAAAAAAA